CUCGACAUGAAAACGAGAAAGAAAGAAGGCAAUAAUAAAUGGCGGGCUUUCCUGCAGUUUGAAGAAAUAAUAUUUUUUUAAUCGAUGCCUUUUCGGUGGUCGAUAUGUCAGCUGAGGAAGAUACAGAGUUGAGGGACCUUGUUGCACAGUCCUUGGAAGCCAAUGGAGUUCUCAACAAAAUAAGGGCAGAGUUAAGGGCCAGUGUUUUCUUGGCCCUUGAAGAACAAGACUCUCUAAAGAACAGCAAUAUGGUUAAUCACAGACUAAAGAACUUUUUAAGUACCAAGGAAGGUGUCAUGGCAGCAAGUCUGGUUCAAGACUUUCUUUCCUGUUUCCAUUUGGACUUUACGAUGGCUGUUUUUGACCCAGAAACAUCGCAUAAUGGCAAGUUUGAUACAAGAGAUGAGUUGAGCAGAUCGUUAGAUUUAUCACCUUCAUCAAAAGAUACACCUCUCCUGAUUGAGCUUUUGAAUAAGAACAUGCACGAGAAGAAUGGAACAAGAUCAGUUGGAAAGGAGUCUGCAAAGGGAAAAACUGAAGAUAUUCAGCCUGGCUCUCCAAGGUCUCCAAGUAGAAUACCCCAGAGAGUAGGGCAGGAACCAAAAUCUAAAUCUGAAACUUCAGUUGGAGGAGAUACAAAUGACCAUUCUGUUGACCUCAGCUUUAGCAGCAAAGAUAAACCAUCAAAUCAGAGAUCUGAUCUGAGUCGAAAAGCAAACAAAAAGUCACAUUAUGAGGAUGAGGAUGAUGAGUUACUUGCUGAACUUGGGCUUCUAGGUGACAGCAAAAAGAGUUCUACCAAAAGUGGUGGCUGGACCAACUCAGAUAUGAAAAAGAAACCCGUUGAUAAGGAAAACAAUAACAAAAUGGCUCUAGGAUCAUUGCAUGAUGCUCCACCUAUUCCUGGAAUUGGCAAGAAGAAAGAUGAUUCACCACUAGAUUUAAGUUCAUCUGGCAACUGGACUGAUUUGGCAGCUAUUGAAGCAAAGAUAAAUAAACUUGGUUUUGACGUGCCAAAAGAUGAUAAUUAUGGGUAUGAAGAUGACUUUGUAAACUCAAGCUCAAAGAAAAGUGAAGAAGGACUAAGUAUUACAGAAGAAAUUGAAGAGGAUAUUUCAAUUGGAAGUUUUGCUGGAAGUAAAGGUGAUGACAUCUUCACAACUGAUCAAACUGUGUCACAAAUAAGUGCCAAUGAUUUUGAUUAUAGAGAGGACAUUGAACUAUAAAAUGUGUUAAAUAGAGUCAUGCUACUAGUAAGCAUUAUUUAAAUAUUAUUGUUAUGUAUGAUAUUUCAUUUUGUAAAUUUUUAUCUGUCACUGGUAGAAACUUCACUUAAGAUGUCUUUCUGAUGAUGACAAGGAACUUAUGAAA